CAACAUAUGGCUUGAGGGCUGUAAAACAGACAAUAAAAUCAAAAGAUAUCAAAACUACUGAUUUAGCAAAACACAUAUUUACACCUAAAGAAUAAAACAAAUAACCAACGAGCGUUAAAGAUUUACGUCGCGUCCUGCAGUGUUUACAUUGGUCGACGUCAGUUUUAUGACGUCAAAACGGUGCGACACAGAAAAGUCUGGUCCCACAGUAAAGAUGGCCGACCCGCCUGGGACCGAGCUGUCAGACGACAAAGAGAAAGAAGCGGACACUGAGCGCAAAAACAAGCAACAUCCGCGACCGUGGCAAGAUGGGAGCAAGUCGGGAAAAGUCGUUAUUUCUUCGACACUGCCCGAGACCUUGGGCUUUUACGACAUUAGCGCUGAAAUCAGGCGCGAGCCAAGGGACCACUCGGCAGAUUCAUCACUGACCCGCUUCAUCUGCACGGAGCUGACCCGUGGCUACUUCCUGGAGCACAAUGAGGCCAAGUACACCGAGCGUCGGGAGAGGGUAUACACGUGCAUGCGCAUCCCCAAAGAGUUGGAAAAGUUGAUGAUCUUUGGUUUCUUCCUGUGUGUGGACGCCUUUCUGUACGUGUUCACACUGCUGCCCCUCAGGGUGCUGCUGGCUGUGCUCCGCCUCCUCACUCUGCCCUGCUGUGGCUUAAGGGCACGCACAUGCCCCUACUGCAGAAGAAGCAGUGGAUCGAGGCUGCUGCAGCCGGCGCAGGUGUGCGACAUGCUGAAAGGCCUCAUCCUGGUGCUCUGCUUCUCCAUGAUGCAUUACGUGGACUAUGCCAUGAUGUACCACCUAAUCAGAGGGCAGUCCGUUAUCAAGCUCUACCUCAUCUACAACAUGUUGGAGGUGGCAGAUCGCCUCUUCUCCUCCUUCGGCCAAGAUAUCCUGGACGCUCUUUACUGGACUGCCACGGAGCCCAAAGAGCGCAAGAGGGACAGCAUCGGAGUCAUCCCUCACUUCCUCAUGGCCGUCUUUUAUGUUUUCCUCCACGCCAUUCUCAUCAUGGUCCAAGCCUCCACGUUAAACGUCGCCUUCAACUCGCAUAACAAGUCCCUGCUUACCAUCAUGAUGUCAAGCAACUUUGUGGAGAUCAAAGGCAGCGUAUUCAAGAAAUUCGAGAAGAACAACUUGUUCCAAAUGUCCAACAGCGAUAUCAAAGAGCGCUUCACCAGCUACGUUCUCAUGCUCAUCGUGUGUCUGAGGAAUAUGGAGCAGUUCUCGUGGAAUCUGGAGCACCUCUGGGUGUUGUUUCCUGAUGUCUUCAUGGUCCUCACCUCCGAAGUGGCCGUUGACGCCAUCAAACACGCCUUCAUCACCAAGUUCAAUGACAUCACGGCGGAUGUUUACAGCGAAUACAGAGCCAGCCUAGCCUUUGAUCUCGUCAGCAGUCGACAGAAAAACGCCUACACGGACUACAGCGACUCCGUGGCACGCCGGAUGGGCUUCAUCCCACUGCCUUUGGCUGUGCUACUUAUCCGGGUGGUCAUGAGUUCAGUGAAGGUGCGAGGAGCGCUGUCAUACACGUGUGUGUUCCUCUUUUAUCUCGGAUUGGUCACACUGAAGGUGCUGAACAGCAUCGUGCUCCUGGGCAAGUCAUGCGUGUACGUUAAGAGGGCCAACAUGGAGGGCAAAUUGUUUGCGAAGCCCCACGCCACGUCGUCCUCAGCCAAGACCCCCAACAACAACACUUCGACCACGCCUCCCACAGGUGACGACAAGCUGAACCCGAAGCCGCCCUCUGUUCCUCCUUCCUCAUCACCCUCCUCUUCCUCAGUGACUACCCAACCAGCACCGAGGUGGGACUUUCCCCUGCCUCCCGUUGACUCUUCGGCCUCAGCGCCUGCACCCCACUCUCCUUGUCCUGACCAUCCGCCUCCUGGACCGGAACCCCAGCAGCCUGCUGCUUCUCCCCCGAAAGAGGAGCAGGAGCACGCGGCUGAGGGGAGGCCCAAGGCUCCCAAAAAGGACCUUCUGGAGAUCGACCGUUUCACGAUCUGCGGCAACCGCAUCGACUGAGCGAAAAGACACAAGAGUAAAUCAUUGGAUGCACGUUGUGGUAGUUUGCUGUCGUUUCGAGACGUUUCACGACAGCAAGAUUCAGCGGGCUGAUAACCAGUGUGUAAGGGAGCUCGAUUUGAAAGGAGCACUUUUCAAUGUGCGGAAGAGCACAGCUGGAAACCACACAAAUGGUUGAAGGGGGACUCCGCGAGAGACUCCAAAGGAUUCCCAUCCUGAAUGUCGCAGUGGCGCACAAAACGGGGUUUACGCUUUCUCAAGACCUUGACGACGAGUCACGCUUGUUCCUUUGAUUUGAUGAUUUGCAAUAAUUACGUUUACUUUUUUUGUUUCUUUGCUUCAAUUUCAAAGAGAAGCUCAUCUUUCCAGCAAGCAGUUGAGUUCGCACAGCUCCCAUGCCUCUUUCACCCAGAAAAUUUACGGCAUGGUUCACAAAGAGAGCCUGCAAAAUUCCUGCCUCAUUGCAACGGAGCCUGCAUAAUUCCAGCUCCCUUUAUACAGAGACCCUGUAUAAGUAUUGCCUCUUUUACACAGUGCCCCUGCAAAAUGACCACAACUUUUUGUACAGAGAGCCUACAAAAUCACCGCCUUUUUCACGCACAGUGCAAAAUUAGGACCACUUACACCCUUUGAUGUAGGAAUACAACUGCCCCUCUGACACAGAAAACCCUUGUCAUGUCACACAAGGACCCUGCACAAUUCCUGCCCCCUUUCACAUAACGACCAAAAUUAGUAACACCUCUACUCUGUUACACUAUAUAUUCACAUCCAUUUUUUUCUUUUUUUUCCACUGAUCUUGCAGCUUGUAAGACUAUCACCAGCUUCAUACUGAGGCACUGCAAAAUCAGAACCUUAUUCAUUGGAAUCUUGUAGGAACUGUCACAUUCACACAGAGAUCCUGCAAGAUUACCACCUCUCAUAGAGAUCCUAGAGAGCCUUAUCCAUACAGAGACGGACAGAAACCCUUUAAAGUUACCGCAUAUUUCUUAUUGACAUCCUGCAAAAUUGCCACCUCUUUUGCAUAAAGACCAUGCAAUAUUGCCCUCUCUUUUGCACAGAGAUCCUCCAAAUUAUAGGUUUAUUCACACAGAGAUCUGCCACUUUCACACAUAAAUCAUGCACAUUUGCUCCCUCGUUCAGACGGAUCCGACAGAAUAGCAGCCUUGGUCACCCUUGAAGAAUGACAAGAAUAUUACAUCGAGAGACCAUGCAAAAUAAUCUUCUUCAUACAGAUUACUUUCAUCCUCCCAUUCUGCGAAAUUACCAUCGACAAACCUAAUUCCAAUGAAGUUGGGAUGUUGUGUUAAAUGAAUAGAAACAGAAUGCAACGAUUUGCAAAAUCAUGUUUAACCUACAUUUAAUUGAAUACGCUACAAAGACAAGAUAUUUGAUCUUCAAACUGAUCAACUUUAUUGUUUUUAGCAAAUAAACAUCAACUUAGAAUUUUAUGGCUGCAACACAUUCCAAAAAAGCUUUUUCAGGUUUAUGACUGUGUUAUAGCACCUUUUCAUGCAAGAAACAUUUGGGAGCUGGGAACACAAAUUGUUGAAAGUUACUUGGUGGAAUUCUUUCCCAUCCUUGCUUGAUGUGCAGCUUCAGCUGUUCAACAGCCCGAGGUCUGCGUUGUCAUAUUUUAUGCUUCAUGGAUGACGGCAUAUGUUUCUCUAAAAGCACUAUGUACCUUCAUGGUGCCUUCACAGAUGUGAAAGUUACCCAUGCUGUUGGCACUAACAUGGCCCCGUAGCAUCACACAUGCUGGCUUUUGAACUUUGCGUCCAUAACAAUCCCAAUGGUUCUUUUCCUCUUUGGCCCGGAGGACACGACAUCCACAAUUUACCAAAAUGUGGACUCGUGAGACCACAGAACACUUUAUUCCCUCCCUCACUCUGCAUCAGUCCAUCUGAGAUGAGCUCCGGGCCCAGAGAAGUCGGCUGCAUUUUUGUGUUGUUGAUAAUUGGGUUUUUGCUUUGCAUUGCAGCGUUUUAAGUUGCAGUUAUGUAUGCAGCGCCGAAAUGUAUCCACUCACGUUAGUGUUCCUCAGCCCAUGCGGUGAUAAUCCUUGACACCUUGAUGCCAAUGGCCUUGCCAUUGACAUGCAGUGAUUUCUCCAGAUUCUCUGAACCUGUUCCCGGUUAGCCUGUUCACCUGUGGGAUGUUCCAAACAGGUGUUUGAUGAGCAUUCCUCCACUUUCUCACUCUUUUGUGACACCUGUCCCAGCAUAAUAUUCAAAGUUGAGGAUUAUUUAUUAAAACCAAUCGAGUUCAUCAAUUUGUCUUUUCGGUGUGCAGGUUUUUAUGUUCAACACAACGUCCCAACUGCAUUGGAAUUGGGUUUAUAUUUCUGCUGCCUUUUUCACAUCGAGAUUCCACAAAAUGACCGCCUUGUUUUUGUUGAUAUUUAUUUUUCUUCCCACUGCAUAAAUCUAAGUUCAGUCGCUUCUCAGAAGCAUGAACGCUGCUCUCGCCCCAAAAUGGCGGAUCAACUCUGGCACGUUCUUUCGACGUCCUGCCUGCUGUCCUGAUACUUUUGCCCGUGUAGUUUUAGCACUGAUGGCGCAAAUGGGCUCGUUGCCUUCGUGAGCCUUCGCCGUCUUGUUUACAUCCUUGCCGUAGUCAGAAGGGUUUUCGCAAUGAAAGCCUUGGCAUCUGGAAUGUUUCCGGAUUGAUUUUGAUUGCAAUGAAACGAUUGUUUGUUCCCUGCAGAAAUAUGAAUAAUCCGCUUUUUAUUUGAUGCAAGAUGUGACAUGUCAGGUAUGAUUUAUUUAAUUUUAUUUAAGGUACUUUCCUGCCAUGUCGGGGAGGGGGGGGAUACGCAAGAGAGACUUUCUAUUUGGUCAACUGCAGUUGUUGUAAUUAUAAAAUGUAAUAAAAUAUUUUUGGGGAGUUGCCA